AUGGGUCAAGAAAAUCAGAUGUCAGGUGGUAUGUCUCUUAAUGAUGCACCACGCAGCGGCCGGCCACAAGCUCUGGACAAUGAGGCCCUGAGAGUAGCCAUAGAGAGUGACAGUAGCCAAACAUGUGGUGAGCUUGCUGCACACUUUCAGGCAUCUGUUGAAAUGAUCAGAUUCAAUUUGCACCGCAUAGGAAAGGCAUACAAGCUGAAGAAAUGCGUACCUCCCUCACUGUCCGAUGCAAACAAGCAACAGCGUGGAGCCACUUGUUUGUCACUGCUUACUCGCCACCGCAAUGCGACCAUAUUUGAUCGAGUACUCACCAGCGAUGAAAGGUGGGUCCAGUAUGAUACACCAAGGCGUUCCAAACAUUGUUUUUCGCCACGGGACUCUGUGCCUCACACUGCGAGACCUUCUCUCCACUCACGUAAGUUCAUGCUCUGUAUCUGGUGGACUAGUCGCCAAGUGGUGCACUAUGAGCUCCUGCCAGUGAGCCAAACCAUUACGGCAGGCCUGUACUCGUAG